UCACAACAGAUCGUGGGACACGGGGCUCACGCAGGGCCACUCCGGUCGAGCCACAUGAGUGAGUGGGCGACCGAGGAAGCAUCUCCAUCAAAACCGCGCUCAACUCGGCCACGGACAUUCACCACGCCCGCCACAAUCGCGUCCCAACGAUGGCGUUUAUUGCCGCCACCGAUGUAUAUCGAUCUUCACACCACGUAUAGCCCAGCUAAAGGCAAGGUGGCGAGGUGUACACCUCCCCCCCUCUCUCUUCCACAGUCGUUACCUGUCUGUACAGCAGCAGCACACUCUGUGUGUGUGUGUUGCGCGACAUUCCGUAGGUUACACAGAGCAUCGACAGUGUCGUCGUCGUUGUUAGUGCAGCGACAGUGUCGUCAAUCGCAGCUUUGCCCCACUCGCGGACACAUCGGCGGUGGUGCCCGUCAGGCUGUGAAGAUGUCCGUGGCACCGGGAGGUGGAGGAGGAGGGCAUGAGACGUCUUGGACCGUGGCGGAUGAUGUGCCGGGCGUCUUGCGGUCUUCCUCGGCUCGCGCGGACUCCUCUCGCCCUGCCUGGAGGCUAUGGAAGCGGCGUGUCCGUGUCUACAUGCUGGUGGCGUUCAUCUGCCAGGGACCUGUCCUCGCUAAAGCUGAGGAUGUGUUGCGGACGGCAGACCCAGGGACUAACCCCUACGAGCCGCUGCACUUCAGCCUGACGGAGCCGUACAGGCUGGAUGGGCGACACAAGCGUGAGAUCCAGCCCGCCAGCCCUGAGGCAGUGCACCCAGACAGGGUACAGUACGUCGUGCGGGUGGGUGACAAGGAUCUCAUUCUCAACCUCGAGCGGAACAGGGACCUGCUACCCGCCCAUUUAAUAACAACCUACACAGGAAGAGCACCAUCCUUUACAAAUGUCACCGCUCACUGCUACUACCAUGGUGAUAUUGAAGGUGAAUCGGGGUCAACUGCCAGUGUCAGCACUUGCUACGGGCUCAGGGGCCACUUCAGCGUGGGGGACGUGAGCUACGGGGUGGAGCCGUGGGGGGGGGCUGGCGUGGCGGGGGAGAGGGUGGGGAGCCUCCACCGCGUCUUCCGUCUGACCGACACGUUCCACGCCUCGAACUCCUCCUCCUCCGCUUGCGGCGUCGUCCACCCGUUGGAGCCAACGCUGCACCGCGAUCCGGCCCUGGAGCCGCUCCGGGGCCAGCAGCAGCAGCUCCACAUCCGGGUGCGCCGCGCCGUGCUGCCGGGAACGCGCUACGUGGAGCUGCUGCUCGUGGUGGACAACACCCUGUUCACAAACCGGUACAAGGGAAACAAGACGGCAAUGGUGCACGACAUGGCAGAAUUGACCAACAUCAUGGACUCGUUCUACAAGUCGAUCAACGUGCGCGUGGUGCUCGUGGCUGUGAACGUUCUCACCAUCGACGAGGAGAACCUCAUCAUGGCCACCAAAGCGGCCGGCGCCGUCCUCGGGAAGUUUGUCAAGUGGCGAGAGUCGAAUCUGCGCACCCUGCCACGCCACGACGUGGCACACCUCAUGAGUAAUGGCUUUACGGGAGCCCUGGGCAUGGCUUUCGUGGGGACCAUCUGCUCCCGAAGCACGUCGGGGGGCGUGAACAGCCUGGGAUCCCGCAGCAUCGUGGUGAUGGCCUCGGUGACCGCACACGAGCUGGGGCACAACCUGGGCAUGGGCCACGACAACGGGCGCAGUUGCAGCUGCCCCAAGUCCUCCUGCAUCAUGGUGGGAUCGCUCCCGUCCCCGGUGCCGACCAAUUUCAGCAGCUGCAGCACGGACGACUUCGAGGACCUGGUCGUGCAGAGGAAGGGCGGCAAGUGCCUGCUGAACGUGCCCAAGGCGGACGAGGCAUUCCGCCCGCCCGUAUGCGGGGACAAGAUGCUGGACGCCGGCGAGGAGUGCGACUGCGGCUCCCCCGAGGAGUGCGACAACAAGUGCUGCGACGCCCGCACCUGCCGGCUGCGAUCCGGAGCGCGCUGUGCCUACGGCUCCUGCUGCAAGGACUGCCAGUUUGUGGGCCAGGGCGAGGUUUGCCGAGCGGCCCAGGGCGUGUGCGACCUGCCCGAGUUCUGCUCCGGCUCGGCCGCCUCCUGCCCGGACGACUCGUUCCUGCAGAACGGCCACCCCUGCCAGAACGCCGCUGCCUACUGCUACAACGGCGUCUGCCAGACGUACACGUCGCAGUGCGAGGGCAUCUGGGGUCCCGGAGCUGUCCCUGCAUCCGAUCACUGCUUCACAAUUGUCAACAUGAAGGGGAAUGAGUUUGGGAACUGUGGAAUGAACGCCGCUGGAACCCCCGUUUCCUGUCAGUCACGGAACGUCAAGUGCGGGAAGCUGAUCUGCACCAACACUCCCAACGAGCCACUCAUCGGACACAUUCCCAACUACGUGAGCUACGAGGGCUGCCGUGCUGUGGAUUACAACUAUGGGCCCGACGUUCCAGACCCGGGCCUUGUGCAGCCAGGAACCAGCUGUGGCUCUGGCCUGGUGUGCUAUGAUCAAAAGUGCCAAAGUGACACGAUUCUCGGUUAUGACUGCAACACCACCACGAAGUGCAAUGGCCGUGGGGUUUGCAACAACCACAAGCAUUGCCACUGCUCGAUGGAUUGGGCCCCCCCGGACUGUUCUUCGAAAGGCUGUGGGGGUUCCAUAGACAGCGGGCCCACUUGCAAAGCAGAUAAAUCCCAGCUAUUGUGGCUGCUGUUGCUGCUGGUUCCGGUGCUGGCGGUGGUGGCGUUCCUCGGCAGACGGCAGUACAUACGCAGAAAGUACAUGAAGCGCAGACAGGAGUGCAGUUCUGACAACACCAAAGCAACGCCCAAAGGAGAAUCCAAAUUUCGACCAUCGUCGCAGUUUAUGGAAUCGUCUCAAGACAAUGAUUACAAUGGCAAGGCAUCGGAUCCCAGCAGCACAAAUAUACCCAAGAGACCUCUGAUUCCACCCCAAGCCAGUGCUCCCAAAACCUCAGCGACUCAAAGCCAAGUCCACUUUACAAAUGGCUCUGAAGUCUCUACAAUAGUGCCCACAAGGCCUCCUCCGUCGGUGCCUAUGUAUUCCAAGCAAGGCACAUCCAAAGCUACGGGACAAGAAGAGCCGCAACAGCAGUGGCAUACAAAACCUCAGUACUUGGCUGAGCAGGAUGCCUGGCAGAUCAAUAAAGAAGCCAUGGCGGGGUCUCGCGAUGACAUCUCGGGUGGUCACGGUGCCAGGGUGUCGUCUAAGCCAGCGUUGCUGCCAAAGCCAGGCAAUCUCACGCCAUUAGUUUGAGUCGUCUGUUCCUCGGAGGCCACGCGUCUGAUGGUAGCAAACGGGACAAAAUACACUUGAGACUAUGUAAGGCUCGUGACAUUACAUUCAUGGGAACAUGGGCUGUUGUUAUGGUAUGUAUUGUUCAUUAUUGCACGCCUGCAUGUGCAGAUUUUUUUCCGAAGUUGCAUAUGCAAUAUUUUUCAACAAUAGGGUACUCUCAAUGUUCGUUUUUUUGGCAUGAGGCUGAAAUUCCAAGCUCACAGCAGUACGCCGCUACCUGCUUGCAUUGCCACCUUUUUGCCAUUGGUUUGAUCAACACUUUUGAGUCGUUUGUAGGGGUGGAUUUUUGUUCGGAAGGACAACAAACACUGAACUCAUUCUGAAUGGUCUGGGCUACCAUGUAAAAUUUCCAGCCGUUCCCCUUAUAUGCAAAUGCAGGUCCCCGUUGAGCUGCAUUAUUAUUAAAGUUGACAUUGGUUUUACCCAUUCCACAAGUUAUUUGGCGCGAUUGUGCAUCUGAUAUGAAUUCCUGCAGUCACGAAAGCUUUAAGUCAAGAUUUAUGCAUCUGAUCUAUAAUUAAAAUAUUGGGCUCGUUUGAUGUGUUGGUGCAUGCCCGUUUUUAUAUAUUUACAUAUAUAUUGGCAAAGCCAUGCAAAGGUUUCCUUUACCAUCGUUAGGGAGAAUCGCCAAAGGUGAUGCACUUCCACUGUUUUGCCACAAUAUGAAUCCGGCCCAAUGUGGUAGAAUUUUUUUUUCUGUGAUGAGCAAAGUUUGUGUUUUAGGUACAGUUUUACAGUCGCACAGAUACCGUAACGUUGACAUGUUGCACGCAUGUGUGCUUAAUACUCAGCAGGGAUAUUUCUGAGCUCUUUUUAGUUCGAAGGGCUAUACCACAUUCUCUUGAAUACGAAACGUGCACUGGAGAUGUGAUUGCUUUCUGGCAUCACACCGCUCGUUUGUUUGUACGUACGCGCUACUGAUUUCCUACAACGGAAGAAAUAUUGACGUGAAUGGGUCUGAACUUGCACAUAAAGCAAACCACUGUACUUUAAAAUGAGAUCUGACACUUGAUGUGAUUUUACUUCUCAGCCAUGUUUGAAUUUCAUUUGUACAGUGUUUAAAUGCAUAAUGGUAUUACUCGUGUAAGGCUGUCAAAUGGUUUCAAAAUGUAUAUUAUGACCUGAGUAAAUGCCAAAACCGUCAUAUAAACACGUGGUCGCGGAUUACCUGUUUCUCUUACUGAAAAAAUAUAGUGUAGAGUUAAUUAACGCAUGUAUCAGAGCAGAAGUAGAAUAAUCAAUGCAAGUAGAAUAAUCAAUUAAAGUAAAUGAUAAAUUAACGUAUGAUAAGCCUUGAAACAACACCUGUAAGUUUUGGUUUCCCUUGAAAAAACUAACCGUUAAUUUACGACUUUUAUAAGUCUCGCAAAGUGGGUAGUCAUUGAAGAAUGUACGUUUUAUGUGUUAUGUCAGUUUAUGAGUUGUUUUCUCUCCAUCAUAACUUUGUGAUCCGUUAAAUUUAUUCGCAAAUGCCAACAUAGUGCUCAGUAUUUAAGGCAACAUUGGAACAUCGCCCUGCUGAAAACUUAAACCUGUUAACAAUAACGAUUUAUAGUGCUUUGUCAGUCAAUUUUACUGACGAAGGCCUUCCGACGCCAUGACAGUCAUGGGGGUGGUUGCAUGAGCAUACUUCAUGUUGCUGAACAGUGCGGGUUGGUGAAGGGUGGCCUGGGACAGCUUCAGGUAUCUUUCGCCACCGAAUGUUAAUUGUGGAGAGAAAUAGAACUCCGGUAACCGGAAUCAUAAUACGGUGCACUAAUCACUGUGCUACCGCUCUACCCGAUUGUGGUCCAUAAGAUCAUAAAUGUCCAUCGACAUCGUGUGGGAUUACCAAAUGCGUCGGGCUCCUGUUGUUUGAUGUCCAAGGUAAUUUUUGGGUGAUGUCACAAACUUUGGUUGGUACAGAAUUUGACAGAAAGAACGAUGGCAGGCAGCCACAGUAGUUUCUGACUCCCAACUGAAGGAGGGAAUGAAUUCCACUUGCGGGUUCAUCAGUCCACAUUCCGAUAACCACUUAAAACUCCCAGCAACGACGGGUCAUCUGAGUCUGGCAGAGACGAGGUGGAGUUUGUUAUCUCUUCACACUGCAGCUACAAGCCACCAGAUGUCAUGAGACAGCUUGCGUUACACUCGGGUUUAUUCUUCUGUUCGCAGCUCACUGUAAUGUCCCUGUUAUUCCGACCAUUGUGCAAUGCUGCUGUUGCAUUAGCCCGCAUUCCAAAUGCAUGAUCUUUGCCCGUAGAACACGACACGUGUGUCUGCGGUUUUGAGAUGUGCACUCCAAGCAAAUCCUCAUUUAAAGACGUACAUUAUGUAUUACGUUUUACCAUUAUGACAGCCUGUACAAUAGCAUUAGUAAGGAAACUCAUGGUAGAGUGUCAAACAUUUUUUUCUUAUUACAACGUGCAUGUUUUUUUUAUUUUAUUGGCCAAAUUCUUUGUCCCACAUCGCGUCCGUUUUUGUUGCACUGACUGUACGCUCUGUGCAUGUGUGCGUAAUGUUGGUAUGUAUACUUUUUUAAGGCAGAGCACCACAGUUAAACUGUGAUGGAUGGAUGUUGUAUGUUCUGCCAAAUUCAUUGCUCUAUACACGGAGACAAAUACAAAAAGUGCUGAUGGUGGGCUUCUAUGAGGAAUCACGGAGCACAGCUGCCCAUGCCUGGCCGUCUUUAUCUCCAUAGUGCCGAUGUUUACACACCGCACCAAUUACACGUUUUAGGCUGAGUUUACUAAUGCAGAGAACCAGGACCAGCUCAAAUGUCACGGGAUGCUGUUGUUAGCGGUGAUUGGGAAUUGUACCCAGAUACCUGGGUUCAUAGCGCAGUACACUAACCACGACACCACCACUCCCCCUGUAGACACACAUGCAUGCGCAUGCCUAUUCUUGCAGUAAUGUCCUGGGGAUGGAUUUGAUCACAAUCCUUUAUUCAAGGAUUAUUUGGAAUCUAGAAUAGGGCGGAACUGAGAUUUAAAUCAUCACAGAAGCUCAACAAUGAAAACUACUGUUAUUGGCCACUAAAACCGCUGUUAAAAUAUUACGGCAAUGUUAAGACAAAAAUUUACCAGACCUUACACGCUGCACUAACUGUGUGUGGGCUGUCACAACAUUUAGAAAUACACACUGACAUAGAUUAUACCACACGAGUUUAAAUGUUAAGACUUAUUGUACUGUGGUUAUGUAAUGUUUGAAGCCUGUGCACUUAAUGUUUUGACUGCAGCUGAUGGCUGCUGUGUAAUUUUCAGUCUGCAUAGGUUUGUCCACUUGAUUACAAAAUAUUUAAACAUGUUUCAAAUAAGAGGUUUUUACUGCUAUAAUUUUACCCUCAUGGAUUGAGAGCAUUUUAAUAAUCAUUAAAGAUAUACAACCACUCUCAUAACACAACGCUGUUAACCGAUUUGAAUUUGAAUGUCCCAUUGAGCUGUAAAUAUUGUUAGGAACGCUUUUAUGCAAAUUUAAUUAUCCAAGGUGUAUCAGAAUUUAAUGAAAUUGCAGAUGCAGGUUAUUUAAUAGGUUCGAGAAUAUUUUGUAUGUAUAUACUGUAAAAGUACAUGUUGUACUUGAUGUGAAUGGAGAUGAAUAAAGUUGUCUUUGGCUGUUCA